AUGAACGCUCCCGCUCUGGUCGUCCCCCUCCUUUUACUCUACCUCGACGCAUUGCACGGCUUUGCAACCAACAGGGCGGUCUUGCCAAGGAACCCAUUCUCGUUGUUCUCGUCACCCAACAGAAAGAAAGCCACACCUGCACAGCUCCCCCAGGGGAAGGUUAAGAAGUUGAAGGAAAAAAAGAAGAAAAAAAAAAAUAGCGCCCUGGAAAGGUUGCUCCGCGAGCAUGCGGAGAAGGUGGAAAAGAGGGACGUGUCAGACACCCCCAGUGUAGACGUGCACCAGGAUAUUCUUCAAGGCAAACGAGUACCAAGGUUAAGAAUUAAAAACACUAACAAUCACAUAUAUGCGACAGUGGUGGAUGACUACAAAAGACAUAUACUUUGCUUUUCGUGUUCGAGGGAUCCAAAUUUAUCUGGCGUCCUAGGAACUUACAGAAAUAAAACAACCAACAGAGUUGUGAAUAAUGGGAGGACGAUUAAAUCCGGGUGGGAAAUUGGCAAGGACAUCGCCAGGAAGGCGUUAAGUAAAGGCAUUUCUAAGGUCAGAUUUGAUAGAGGCAAGUUCAAGUACGCCGGGAAGGUGGAAGCGUUAGCUGAGGGGGCCCGCGCCGUGGGCUUGCAGCUGUGA